CACCCCCACUCCUUCACUCACACCACCAUACCCUCCUACCUGGUGCUAAGGGUUAUCAUUCAUAUCAAACCAGCAUCCAUACUCUAAUGAAAAGUGAAACUGAAACAAACAUGAUGGAGCCUGAGCAUGGGGUUCCUGCUGUUUGCAAUUCUUGUGGUGAGCAUGACAAUACUGGGGAGGUGUUUGUGGCUUGCCAUGUGUGCAAUUUCUCCAUUUGUAAAGCUUGUGCUGACUUGGGGAUUAAGGAGGGGCAGAAACUAUGCUUGCGCUGUGGUGCUCCAUAUGGUGAGAACCCAGUGGAUGAUGCUGAACUGAAGGAAUCAGGCAAUCAAUCCACAAUGGCAGCUCACCCCAAUAACUCUCAGGAUGUUGGACAUCAUUCUAGACGCAUCAGUAACAUGUCCUCUGUGGAUAUUGAAACAAAUGAUGAAUCCGGGCAUCCUAUCUGGAAGAACAGAGUGGAGAGUUGGAAGGAUAAAAAGAACAAGAAGAAAAAGGCUGCAACUAAGGCUGAAAUUGUGACUGAAAAGGAUGAUCAAGUUCCAUCUGAGCAGCAGAUGGAAGAGGAAGAGAAACAGUCCCCAGAGGCUCCAGAAACACUUUCAAGUGUUAUUCCAAUUCCACCCAACCAAAUCAAACCAUACAGAGUUGUUAUAAUCACUCGAUUGAUAAUUUUGGCUCUCUUCUUCUAUUACCGAAUAACACAUCCUGUUGAUGGUGCUUAUGGUCUGUGGCUCACUUCUAUCAUAUGUGAGAUCUGGUUUGCUCUUUCUUGGAUAUUGGAUCAGUUCCCUAAAUGGUCUCCAAUCAAUAGGGUGACAUAUAUCGACAAGCUGUGUGCAAGGUUUGAAAAAGAGGGUGAACCCUCCCAGCUCGCUUCUGUGGAUGUCUUUGUGAGCACGGUUGAUCCAAUGAAAGAACCACCAUUGAUCACUGCCAAUACUAUGCUUUCCAUCCUUGCAAUGGACUACCCCGUGGAUAAAGUCUGCUGCUAUUUGUCUGAUGAUGGAGCUUCCAUGCUUUCAUUUGAAUCUCUUGUUGAAACGGCUGACUUUGCAAGAAAGUGGGUACCAUUCUGCAAAAAAUUUGCUAUUGAACCACGUACACCUGAGUUCUACUUUGCACAGAAGUUUGACUAUUUGAAGGAUAAAGUGCAACCUUCUUUUGUGAAAGAACGUAGAGCAAUAAAGAGAGAUUAUGAAGAGUUUAGAGUGCGCAUUAAUGCUUUAGUAGCGAAGGCUCAAAAAAAACCAGAAGAAGGUUGGACCAUGCAAGAUGGAAGACCUUGGCCAGGGAAUGACAGUAAUGACCACACAGGAAUGAUUCAGGUUUUCCUUGGACAUAGUGGUGCCCAUGAUGUAGAUGGAAAUGAACUUCCUCGACUGGUCUAUAUAUCCAGGGAGAAAAGACCAGUCUACCGACACCACAAGAAAGCUGGUGCUGAAAAUGCUCUGAUUAGGGUGUCUGCAGUUCUUACAAAUGCUCCCUACAUCCUCAACCUUGAUUGUGAUCACUAUGUUAACAAUAGCAAGGCAGUUCGUGAGGCGAUGUGUUUCUUGAUGGACCCACAAGUUGGUCGAGAUGUAUGCUAUGUGCAGUUCCCUAAUAGGUUUGAUGGAAUUGAUCGUAGUGAUCGAUAUGCCAACCGCAACACAGUUUUCUUUGAUAUUAAUAUGAAAGGACUAGAUGGCAUUCAAGGACCAGUUUAUGUGGGAACAGGUUGUGUUUUCAAUAGGCAAGCACUUUAUGGCUAUGGACCUCCUUCUUUGCCUGGCUUACCUACGGCUCCUCCCCCAUCCCGCUCAUGGUUUGGCAAGCGCUCCUCCAAGGAGCCCUCUAAAGAUCCUUCAGAGGCUUACCGAGAUGCAAAACAGGAAGAACUUGAUGCUGGCAUCUUUAACCUCAAGGAGAUUGAAAAUUAUGAUCAGAACGAGAGGUCAUUGCUGAUCUCCCAGAUGAGCCUUGAGAGAACUUUUGGCACUUCUUCAGUAUUUAUUGAGUCUACACUAAUGGAAAACGGAGGAGUGCCUGAAUCUGUUGACCCAUCAACAUUGAUCAAGGAAGCAAUUCAUGUCAUUAGCUGUGGUUAUGAACAGAAGACUUCAUGGGGAAGAGAGAUUGGUUGGAUAUAUGGUUCGGUCACUGAGGAUAUUUUGACGGGUUUCAAAAUGCACUGUCGAGGAUGGAGAUCAAUUUACUGCAUGCCCUUAAGACCAGCAUUCAAAGGUUCAGUCCCCCUCAACCUAUCUGAUCGACUACACCAAGUUCUCCGGUGGGCACUUGGAUCUGUGGAGAUUUUCCUUAGCAGACAUUGUCCCUUAUGGUACGGUUAUGCAGCAGGCCGCCUCAAAUGGCUUCAAAGACUAGCAUAUAUAAACACAGUUGUUUAUCCAUUUACAUCCUUCCCUCUCGUAGUUUACUGCACAAUCCCUGCAAUUUGCCUUCUCGCAGGAAAAUUUAUUGUAGCAACAGAUACGAUGACCAACCUCGGAAACCUCCUUUAUCUUGGCCUUACCAUCUCCAUCAUUCUUACUAAUGUGAUUGAGAUGUGGUGGAGUGGUGUCAGCAUUCAAGACUGGUGGAGAAAUGAGCAGUUCUGGGUGAUUGGAGGUGUUUCAUCCCAUCUCUUUGCCGUCUUCCAAGGAUUCCUCAACCUGAUGGGUGGAAUUGAUACCAACUUCACAGUCACUGCAAAGGCAGCUGAUGACAUAGAGUUUGGUGAUCUCUACAUUGUCAAGUGGACAACACUUCUCAUCCCUCCAACAACACUAAUCAUAAUCAACAUUGUUGGCAUUGUUGCUGGAUUUUCUGAUGCACUUAACAAGGGAAUUGGAGCAUGGGGGCCACUCUUUGGCAAGAAUUUCUUUGCUUUCUGGGUUAUUUCUCACCUCUUUCCAUUCAUGAAGGGUCUCAUGGGUCGCCAGAACCGGACUCCAACCAUUGUUGUUCUUUGGUCAGUGCUGUUGGCCUCAGUAUUCUCUCUUAUUUGGGUGAAGAUAGAUCCCUUUGUGAACAAAGUUGACAGCUCAACCAUUGCCCCAACCUGCAUUGCUAUAGAUUGUGAUAUCACCACAUGAAGCUUCCCAUAGUUUUUGAUGAUGGUUUUGAUUGCCUCUUAUUGAGGUGGGAGCCAUGUUUAGUUGUUUCUUGACUGUUGUGGCAUAUUGAAGUAAGUUUUGAACAAAUAUGUAGUUAUCUUUUCCUGAGUGUCGGUAAAUCUCUGAGUGGAAAAGCAUUGCCUUGAUUGAACAAUAUCAAAGUGAGACGAGGAUUGGUAUUUCCUUCCAUUACUUGAAAUUCUAUAGGGAAUGAAAUGACAGAAAAGAACUUUGCCUUUUAA